GGGGGUGCCGCUCUCCGCCAAUCAGACGCCGCCUGGCGCCCGCGGGGGGCGUGGCCUCAGCGCCGUUAAGAUGGCGGCGGGUUGGAGCCGACUCGUGCUGAUUCCUCCUCUGAAGGGGCUGCUCGGAGGGCACCGGGAGCUGACAAACCUCAGAACAGGCCUCUAGAGCUGGAAGCAGAGAUCCAGGCAGUGCCAGCGACAUGACAGACGGUUCCCCUCAUCCCCCUCACCCCCCUGGGCUCUGCCUGCGGCGGGAAUUCAAACAGGACGCGCUUCCCAGGGCCAAGAGGUCGCCGGAUUCCGCGGCGCAGCUCCCGGCCCUGCAGUCAGCCAAGAGGGUUUGUGUGGUGGGUCAGGCCUGCAGCACUCCAAAGCCAUCAGACAGCCUGGUGCUCCUCUCCCCAGGUUCUCCCUGCUCCCCUUUCCUGGAUGACAGCGGCCAGGGUGACCUUGCUGCUGAUUUUUGUGGGUCGAGGUACGACGACGUGGCCAUUUCCCUGGACACCAGCGGGUGCUUCGAUGACACCGAGCUGGAUGACUCCCUGCUGGAACUGUCAGGCAGCGAGAAAGGGAACUCUCCCUUCGAUUACACUGAGGAGGAGAUCCAGGAAAUCUUGGCAGAUGACUGCAUGGAAGCUGAGCAGCACCUGAUCAGCCAAAGCCAUCUGAGCCAGAGUGUAAAUGAGGAGAGCGGAGAGGCCGAGAGCGGCAGCUGCAGCGGGGCCUCACUCGGUGAAGAUGCCGCGGAGAUGGUGGAGGAAUCAGAGGAACCUCUGCCCCAGGAGGGUUCCACAGUCAGUUCUGGGUGUUAUCCUGGCUUUUUGAGUGGAAGUGCUGGUUUGGGUGGGAUCCACCUGCAGCAGGACCUCGACCUGCAGGAUCUCCUGCACCUCGGCCCGUUCGCUGCCGGCCGUUCCGAUGAGCCCCCGGAGGGCAAUUAUCUGGUGGAGGUGGAGAGAGAAGCUCUAGAAGCAAUGAUAGAUGAUUGUUUAGGAUAUGCUGAUACAACUGCUGGUAGCUGCGUUCCCGAAGAAUCUCUGGAGCCUAAAGGCCAGGAAAACCUGGCUUUGGAUUGCCUGGGAAGAGCCGUGCCCGUGUCUCACCUUGGCUGGAGCGCAGCUGAUGAGAGCCCAGCACCUGGGGCUGGAAACCAAGGGCUUCCCAAAGCAACAACGAGACUGUUUUCAAGGAAACCAGACUCUCCAGAGGAUGGUGAAGGGGAAUCUCCAGGAGCUGAGCAGCCAUCAGGCAACAUUAAAAUAAGUGACACAACUGAAGUCCAGACCGUGCAGGAAGAGACAGCCAGUGGGAAGAAACCUGGCAAGGUUAUUAUUGCCCCACAGGAGAAGGAGAAAAGGCUGAAACAACGGCCCUGCAUGUCAGAGGUGAAAGCUGAGCAAAAGAAACGUUUCCAUCCUGAGUGUGCACACCCACACGAUGAAAAGUGUCCCCCCUGUGCCAGGAUCCGCAAUCUUAGAUCCCCCAGGGCUGGCUGUCCCAGCUCUGCCUCCCUCUUCACCUGGAGCCCUUUUGGCAGGUGCAGGUCGGCGCCUCCGCUGCGCAGCAAGAAGACGUGAGCCACUGGAGAUUAUCCCAGAUCCCCUCUGGAUCCUGAGAACCCCUUGCAGCCUCCCAUUAAAUGUUUUCCUCGUUA